AAAACACAUUUGGCCGGCGCGCAUAAUCAAAAUAUAAACGAUGAUGAUGCAAAUAGGUUGGCCAACGCUGAACGAACAAUCAACUCGUUAAAAGAACAAAUUGAAAAAUACAAAAUUUCUAAAGAUGAACUUGAAAAUAAACUUUUGGAACUUAACAAAAAAUUAUCUGAUGUUGAUGAUGAGCAACAUGCAAAUAUUCAAACUUUUGAGAAAUUAAUUGCACAAGCUGAAAAAACCAUUGCGAAUCUUAAAAAUAAGAUUGACAAAAUGCAGAAAGAGCAUUCUCAAGAUAUUCGAAAUAAGGUUGACAAAAUGCAGAAAGAGCAUCAGAACAUCAUUGGUAUGUUUAAUAAACAAAAAGAUGAAGAAAUUGCUCAAGUUACCAGAACAAUGGAGAUGCGCUUAGAGUCGUUUAUGAAACGUCAAAAAGAUGUGGCGGCUGGUGAUAAAGAUGGUUCUAAUUCAAAGAGAGUAAUAAUAUUGGAACAAGAAAUAUCUCAAUUAGAAAAUUCAUUAAAAUAUUCACAAACUGAGUGUACACGGUUGAAUGAAUCACUUAAACAAGUUCAAAUGAAAUACUUAAAUGCGGUUAGUGACAAAGAUCAGUCGACAAAUGCUAAACGUGAAGUUGAAAAAAAGAUUAAGGCCAUAGAGACUGAACUACGAAUGGUCAAAGAAGAAUCAAGAAGGAAAGACUCUCAACUGCAAGAA